UGGAGAGAGAGGGAAGAGGAGAGGAGGUGGAGAGAGAGGGAAGAGAAGAGCAGGUGGAGAGAGAGGGAAGAGGAGAGAGAGCUGCUAAAGGCCGUGGAUCAUCACCAGCUGGAUAACAAAGAGCAGCAGGAAACACAAGGACCAGGUUCAUCCUACUGGAAACAGAAUGCAGGGAAAAUGUUUGCUGUUCCAGAAAAGGACUAUAGAGAGAUGCAGGGAACAAAAAGGAGGAGAAUGAGAGUUCAUGGAGGAGCCGGUCUUUGUGCAGUAAAACGUGCAGGACAUGUGGCAGGAGAGCUCGGAGGAAACGAUGCUGCAACAACGUGUCUGCAGCUCACGGCCUGUCCGAGGCUUUUUCUGUCUUACCAUCACUUUCUGAAGAGUAAUAUUUUACAUUCAUAGACUCUCAAACAGACAUGGUGUAUUUAUUUUUCUCUCUUUUUAAGGAAAAAGGAAAGACGGAAGGAAGGGAGGAAGGAAAGAAGGAAGGAAGGAAGGGAGGAAGGAAGGAAGGAAAGAAAGAAGGAAGGAAGGAAGGGAGGAAAGGAAGAAGGAAGGGAGGAAAGAAGGAAGGAAGGAAGGAAGGGAGGAAAGAAGGAAGGAAGGGAGGAAGGAAGGAAGGAAGGAAGGGAGGAAAGAAAGAAGGAAGGGAGGAAGGAAGGAAGGAAGGGAGGAAAGGAAGAAGGAAGGGAGGAAGGGAGGAAAGGAAGAAGGAAGGGAGGAAAGAAGGAAGGAAGGGAGGAAAGAAGGAAGGAAGGGAGGAAGGAAGGAAGGAAGGGAGGAAAGAAAGAAGGAAGGAAGGAAGGGAGGAAAGGAAGAAGGAAGGGAGGAAGGGAGGAAAGGAAGAAGGAAGGGAGGAAGGAAGGAAGGGAGGAAGGAAGGAAGGAAGGGAGGAAAGAAAGAAGGAAGGAAGGAAGGGAGGAAGGAAGGGAGGAAAGAAGGAAGGAAGGAAGGAAGGAAGGGAGGAAAGAAAGAAGGAAGGAAGGAAGGAAGGGAGGAAAGAAAGAAGGAAGGAAGGAAGGAAGGAAGGAAGGAAGGAAGGAAGGGAGGAAGGGAGGAAGGAAGGGAGGAAAGGAAGAAGGAAGGGAGGAAAGAAGGAAGGAAGGAAGGAAGGAAGGAAGGAAGGGAGGAAAGGAAGAAGGAAGGGAGGAAGGGAGGAAAGAAAGAAGGAAGGGAGGAAGGGAGGAAGGAAGGGAGGAAAGGAAGAAGGAAGGGAGGAAAGAAGGAAGGAAGGAAGGAAGGGAGGAAGGAAGGGAGGAAAGGAAGAAGGAAGGGAGGAAAGAAGGAAGGAAGGAAGGAAGGAAGGAAGGAAGGGAGGAAAGGAAGAAGGAAGGGAGGAAGGGAGGAAAGAAGGAAGGAAGGAAGGAAGGGAGGAAAGAAGGAAGGGAGGAAGGAAGGAAGGAAGGAAGGGAGGAAAGGAAGAAGGAAGGGAGGAAAGAAGGAAGGGAGGAAGGAAGGAAGGAAGGAAGGAAGGGAGGAAAGAAAGAAGGAAGGAAGGAAGGAAGGGAGGAAAGAAAGAAGGAAGGAAGGAAGGAAGGAAGGGAGGAAAGAAAGAAGGAAGGGAGGAAAGAAGGAAGGAAGGGAGGAAGGGAGGAAGGAAGGGAGGAAAGGAAGAAGGAAGGGAGGAAAGAAGGAAGGAAGGAAGGAAGGAAGGAAGGGAGGAAAGGAAGAAGGAAGGGAGGAAGGGAGGAAAGAAGGAAGGGAGGAAAGAAGGAAGGAAGGAAGGAAGGGAGGAAAGAAGGAAGGGAGGAAGGAAGGAAGGAAGGAAGGGAGGAAAGGAAGAAGGAAGGGAGGAAGGGAGGAAAGGAAGAAGGAAGGGAGGAAAGAAGGAAGGGAGGAAGGAAGGAAGGAAGGAAGGAAGGGAGGAAAGAAAGAAGGAAGGAAGGAAGGAAGGGAGGAAAGAAAGAAGGAAGGAAGGAAGGAAGGAAGGAAGGGAGGAAAGAAAGAAGGAAGGAAGGAAGGAAGGGAGGAAAGAAAGAAGGAAGGAAGGAAGGAAGGAAGGAAGGAAGGGAGGAAAGAAAGAAGGAAGGAAGGAAGGAAGGGAGGAAAGAAGGGAGGAAAGAAGGAAGGAAGGAAAGAAAGAAGGAAGGAAGGAAGGAAGGAAGGAAGGAAGGGAGGAAAGAAAGAAGGAAGGGAGGAAGGAAGGAAGGAAGGAAGGGAGGAAAGAAAGAAGGAAGGGAGGAAGGAAGGAAGGAAGGAAGGGAGGAAAGAAAGAAGGAAGGAAGGAAGGAAGGGAGAAAAGAAUCAAAUCUGUAGGUCUAAAUGUUUCUAAUCCGCCCAGAAAGUUUUGGACAAAACACUCAAAGUACAAGAGUCUGAAAAGGCCAAGACACACAAGGAUGUAAAACUCAAAUGUUUGUACCGUUCACCACUCGUGAAGCUGGAAAGCUCCGAGUCGUCGGCCUCCCAACACAACCACACUUUCCUCUCAAAAACACCUAGAAUCUAGAUUUUUACAAGGUUCCUUUUGUAUCUUCUUCUUCCUCUUGACUGUUGGUAUGUGUGUUUCCAUCAGCCAGCUAGUUGUUGCAGCUUAUUACUGAUGGACUGACUGAUGGUUUUAUAAAGCCUCUCUGCGGCCUGCUAAUGGCAUGGUGUAUUUUUGACACAGAGUUGGACUUUUUUCUCGUCAUUUCGACUUUUUUCUCGAAAUUGUACUUCAACUUUUUUCUUAACAUUUCGACUUUUUUCUCGACAUUUCGACUUUUUUUCAACAUUUUGACUUUUUUCUCUAAAUUGUACGUCAACAUUAAUCUCGACAUUUCGACUUUUUUCUCAAAGUGCAUAAUGAAAAAAAAAACUUCGUCCUCUAAAAUAUUAUUUUUAUUUUUCACCUGCCUGGCCCUGAUACUCUUCCAUACAUGUCCCGUUAGACUAUACAUGACCAAAUAUUCGGGUUAGAAAAGGAGUAACCCAGGGGUCAUAUUGGGGUUUUUAAAAACCGGAAUAUGAGCAAAUUCCGGUUGUUCAAAAAGGGUUAUUGAUGUUUACACGGGUUAUUGCUAAUAUUCCGGUUAGAAAAGAGUCAUUGACUGCAUGGAAACGUAGUCUGUGUCUGUGUCAGUGAGUUUUAAUGAUUGAAAAAUUGGGUCAGUUCUUGUCAGUCAGUCUAGUUUACAUUUGAUCAUUGUUCGUACUGACUUUAUUAUUUUUAAAGGAAUAGUGCCUGCAAAAAAUGCAAUUCAGUCAUUAUGGACUCCCCCUCAUGCUGAUGAGAACUCUUGUUUAUGCACCAAAAAUCCAUAGAACCAGCGUCAUACAAUUUUAUAGCAUUAAAGGGAUAAUUCGGUUUUUUUUCCACCUGUCUCCUAUCGUCAGGAAUUCACUUGGUGUGACUAGUGAUGUGUAAAUAUUAGUUGUCAUCAGGGGCGAAAAUCCCGGGGGGACAGGGGGGACAAGUCCCCCCCAUUAGUAAAGCUGUCCCCCCCUAGAAUCAUUUGAGACAGAAUUAAUCAUUUUGGAACAAUGCAGUAGUAUUUAGUAGUGAUGCACCAAAAUGAACAUUUGUGGCCGAAACCGAAAUCGAAAAUAAUAAUAAACAGUAAAAUCUCAUUAAACUUAAAACAAGACUCAUCA